CUUGACGCCAAUGCGAUGUUUGAGCACUUCUUUCCUCCCUUCUUACACGUUGUCAUCAUUGUCAAGCACUUUCAAAUAGCCAUGGAUCCUCCAAGAUGGCUCUUAGUCUUUCUUUUUCGACCGCUGCGUCUAUUAAUCGCAUUUGUGGUGCUCGCAUUCGUUUCCAUUCAAUUGGCAAUGCGUUAUGGUCAACAUAACCCAAAUUCAAACUUUUUCGAUCCAACAUUGGAAACGUUUCAAAAUCCAAUUUCAGACGCACGUACAACCGAGGCACGUAAUUGGAUCGAACAAAUGGAUCUUAGACUACAAGAAGGAAAUGUUCCCGUUCAACGUUUUAAAUCGGCAAGUGGAAUCGCUAGUGGUCCGGAAUUGGCUGUCGUCUUUUUGACUGUUCGUAGACCACAUGAACAAUAUUUGGACGCAAGCAUUGGUUCCUUUUUGAUGGACAUCCCAAACCUACAAAGACCAAAGAUUCACGUUUCUGUUUCUAGUGGUGAACUUGAUCCGACCAACCAGCCAUUCUUCUCAUCCGCAUGGCUGCACGGACUUGUGGACCAAAUCGUCGUUAGAAAGGAGCCCAAAGAACCCUACUUGCCUGCAACAAUGGCAUCCAGGAAAGAUCAACCUCAUGCAGCUUUGACAGUAAUGCAAAAGCCAUUGGUCAAUCUUGCCAACAAGAAUUCCCGAACAAACGAUUGGCAAAGGGCAGGAACGUCUGAUUAUUCGAUCGCAAUGGAAAUUUGUGAAAAGACAAACGGGAGAUAUUGUUUAAUCGUCGAAGAUGAUGUCGUAUUCAAAAAAGGGUGGUAUAACAUCUUUGAACAAAGUUUGCGGAAGGCUGAAGAACGAACGCAUGCCAAAGGUACACAACAAUGGGCGUACUUACGACUCUUUUACGCGGAAAAGUAUUUUGGUUGGGAAAAUGAAGAAGUUCAAAAGUUGGUUUUGUGCUGUUCGUUAAUCGUCGGAAGUGUUGCAAUUUUCAUCUUGGUAUUCGGAAGGGUGCCAGCACGAUAUGCCACAAUUGCAGGUGUACGAUCCAAGAUGGACCUUAUGCGAGCACAUGAAGGCUUAGAUCAUGAUGAACGCAAGAUCGGACGUGGAGGUAUGGCAAGAGCACGAUUACCAUUUGCAUCACAGCUGCUCAUCCUUUUGAUGACGUUAUUCUACUGUGUCUUGUUCAUCUUAUCAGGACGUAAUCUAAUCUACAAAGUGCCCGAAGGUGUCUCACUGAUGAACACGAGGGGAUGUUGUACACAAGCAACUUUAUACCCAAACGAAGUGGUUCGGCCACUCAAAGAUCAUAUACGUCAAAAUAUCGGUUUGAUGCCAUACCAUAAUCUUAUCAACCGUUGGCUAGAUGCACACGACAAGGAUCGCCUAGCAAUCAGUCCACCUCUCGUUCAACAUGUGGGAGCAGGAUCUCCCAAGGCUUUGCUUGAAGAAUCGUAUGUGAGAUCGACACCUCUUUGGAGUUUUGCUUUUGAGCAGCAACAGCAAAAGGUCAGUAACGUAUAAUCUCUGUCUGUACAUUAAUUUGUUAAAUAGUAAUCAUCUUUAUUUU